CAACCCAUCUGUACGGAAAACGGAGUCUCCUAAGGCCUUGUGGUUAUAACCACCAACUGCUGUAUCAAAGACUGCCAACCUAGAACUGACUUUGUUAGCCCACGCGCCACCAGAAUUGCAUUGUCUCCUGUAUCCACAACUUCCCUCCAAUCCACCUGCCCAAAGAAGCAGGCCGAGUGGGUAAAACGGUUCGGACCUUCGAAUCGUGGUAGUCAGCCAGACCAUAUCCGCAGGGUCCAAUUGGCCAAUGACCCCGCUGACGGCAUCCAUCCUCCGCGCGGUGAUGCGGCGUGAGUCAACUGUGGAUGCCAAUUUAGUCUUUAACCAGAAAGCUGGAGCCUCUUGCGGCGCUGCGAGAAACUACGUAGGGUGUUGAGGCUCGCGGGCUCACCGAUAUAUAAAUGAGCAGAAGCCCGGUUCAGUUGUGAUUGAGGGUAAGGAAGUUAAGUGUCACUGCCACUUCAAUUUUCCCUACAGAUUCCCAAAUUCCUCCAAACUAGCCGAAGACGUGAACAUGGCCGCCAAGUCGACUCCUCGUGGCCGCAUCCGCGAAGUUCUUCCGAACCUCCAUCUGGGAACAUGGCCGGCGGGCCCCAAGAACUCCAUUACUGACGUCCCCGGGGUCUUGGCCUCGACGCAAAGCAUCCACGCCGAGGAUGGGGUCAACACCGGCGUGACGGUCAUUCUCCCCCAUCGGGACUGGUUCAAGGAGGCCUGCUACGCCGGCAUAUUUAGCUUCAACGGCUCCGGGGAGAUGACAGGAUCCCACUGGCUCGAGGAGACAGGCCUCCUCUCCAGUCCUAUCGUGCUCACCAACUCUUUCUCGGUCGGGGAUGCGUAUCGCGGCAUAUACGAGUACGCCAUCAAGCAUCACUCCAACGACAAUGGCGAGGUGGACUGGUUCUUAUUGCCGGUGGUUGGCGAGACGUUUGACGGGUACCUGAACAACAUCGCGAAACUGGCCGUCAAAUCAUCCGACAUUGUCAAGGGGAUCGAGUCGGCGACCGACGCCCCUGUGCCCGAGGGCAAUACCGGCGGCGGCACGGGCAUGAUCUGUCACUACUUCAAGGGCGGAACCGGCUCCAGCAGUCGCCUUGUCGAGGGUCUCGACAGCAACGGCAACAAGAAAACCUACACCAUCGCCGCGCUCGUGCAGGCCAACUACGGAAGGGCGGCGCACCUGCGCAUCGGUGGCUUCCCCGUUGGCCGCAUACUCGAGAAGGAAAAGGCCGAGGCGCAAGCGGAUGUGGCACGGCACAAGGACAAGAAGGACGGCUCCAUCAUUGUCGUUAUCGCCACCGACGCGCCUCUGUCGCCGAUCCAGUGCAAAAGACUCGCCAAGAGGGCGACGGUGGGUCUGGCCAGAGUCGGCGGCUAUGGCCACAAUCCAUCUGGCGACAUCUUCCUCGCCUUCUCCGCGGCCAACCAUAUCCCUGUGCAUACAGAUGUCGACAGGUUCAAGGCGAAAGCGCUGAAAACCGAGGCAAUUGACGAUACCAGCAUCAACGGGCUCCUGGAAGCGGCGGCGGACGCGACGGAAGAGAGCAUCUACAAUGUUCUGUGUUCAGCCGAGACGCUCACGGGUUUCUGUGGACACCAGAUUGAGGAGCUGCCUCUGGACCGGUUGAAGGAGAUCAUGAAGAAGUAUGACUCGUGAAUUCACAAUUCGCCUACCAACGAGUAUUCUAUCU